AUGGCAGAAUCUAGAGCAUAAUUUGAAAGCGAAUUAAAAAAAAGGUUGAGUCUGAAAUCCCCUCAUGAAGAACAAACAUUAUUAAAAUCAUUUCAAUACUAUGACCUUAAAUAAUCGAAUGUUGUCAAUUAAUAACAAUUUGAAGCUGUAUUAGAAAAAGUUGGUAUCACUCUUCCCAAAGAUCAAAUCACUUCUCUAUUCAAAUAUUAUCAGUAGAACGGACAAUUGAAUUACAAAAGUUUUAUUUAGAGAGUGUACUAAUCACCAGAAUCAGCAGUAUUCUAUUUUUAAAAAAAAAUGUGGGAAAAUGGUUUAGAUUUGUUUUUUGAUUGGCUGGAGCAAUUGCAUUCCAAAGAAUAUAACUUCGCAUAAUUUAAAUACUUAUUUUAUUAAUAUCCUGAAGAGAAAGUUAGAGCUCUAUUCCAAUAUUUCAAUUAAAACAAUGUUGUAAGAAUAGAAGAGGUAGUAGAAGCAUUUAGAGGUGUUGUUAAACCUAGUGGUUUCAAAGUGGAUUCAUUUAAUAUCGAUUAAAUAAUAGACAUGUUUAAAGGAGACAAGACAAAAAUCAGAAAAUAUUUGCAAAGCUUUAUGAAAUUCAAGAAUAUCAAAUUCUUAACACAAGGUUAAUUUGAUGAAUUCAAUCACAUUCUUGAAUUAGGCAAUAUCAAGGCUUAAUGGUUGGGAGAAAGAAGCACAAUUUAUACUCCAAUUAGAAAGUUAGAUUUUAAUGAAUUGGAUUUAACGGAAUUGAGAACAGCACUCGUUAAAAAAGGACCAAAGGCUUUUAUCAAUUUAAAAAAGUUAUUGCUUCAAGCAGACGAUGAUUAAGAUGGUUAUUUGACUGAGAAGUAAGUCUAGAAGGUCUUGAGAGAUUACAGAUUUCCUUAAUAAAUUGGAGGCGUGAACAUCUAAGAUUUCUUCAUUGAAUUGCUAGGAGCAUUUGAUUAACCUAAUCUUGUUAAAUAGAUAUUUGAAUAAAUGGACAUCGACAUGGAUGGAAUAAUACCAUAUUAAUUAUUAAAAUAAUGUUAUCAAGCAAGAAAUCAUCCAGAUGUUAAAAAAUAGAUAAAGAGUGAAACUGAAUAACUUGCAGAGUUCUUAGAUUCGUAUGAUGCUCAUCAUAAAAUGGGAAGCAAGAGUGUUACAUUUGCAGAAUUUUAUGAAUAUUGCCAUAUUCUGUAUGCUUGUCAACCUGAUUAAUUUGAAAACAAUCUCAUCAAUGUGUUUACAUAUGUUAGGCCACCUUAAUAAUAAACUACUAGUGUAGCUCAAUAUGCACCAUUUGGAACCAGCGCUGAAAAAACAGAUUAUAGCACUGCAUUAAGGCCUUUAAGCAGCUAAUAGGGUUAAAGAUAAUAAAAUAUCAAUCCUGCAGGGUUAACCUAUGCCUAAUAAUAAUUAUAAAAAAUUGAUAAUGUAUUAGAGAAGUUGAAAUCUAAAGGAUAUAGAGGCAUAAUUUAUAUGUUAAGAAAUAUUACUAGAUAUGAUGCAUAAGGGGUAUAUGGUGGAUUCAACUCCAUAAGAAUUUAAGUUAAUCAAUAAUACAUUAAAUAGAUCUUAAAUCAAAAAAAUGAAAUUUCUAUGGCAGCAUUUUUAGAAAAGAUUUUAGGGGAAUUCUAAAAUUGGAGGUUGAAUUUAGUUCAAAUGGCCUACAGAAAAUUAUAGUCAACUAAUUUUUAGGAUAUGAAAAAAAACUUUCUUGCUAGACCUCGACAAAAAAUGUCUGAUGAUGAAGUCUUGAUAGAUUUCCUAGAUACUUUUGAUAGCCAUCAUCAGUUAUUUAACUCUAAUAAUGUAUCGUAAUAAGAAUUUGAAUAAUAUUAUCACAUAAUGAGUUUUUGUGUAACUGAUGAUAGAGAAUUUGAAGUUGCCGUUAAAAGUGGUUGGAUGGUUUGA